AUGGCUCCUUCCAAGACCACCUCCGGUUCCAAAGCCGCUGCUAAGCCCCAGGAUGUCAAGGCCAAGGCCGCCAAGAAGGCCGCCUUGAAGGGUACCCAGUCCACCAACGUCCGAAAGGUCAGGACCUCCGUCUCUUUCCACCGACCCACCACCCUCCGUCUCGCCCGUGCUCCCAAGUACCCCCGAAAGGCCAUCCCCCACCUCCCCAGGAUGGACCAAUUCAGGACCAUCCAGCACCCCCUUAACACCGAGAGCGCCAUGAAGAAGAUUGAGGAGCACAACACCCUCGUCUUCAUCGUCGACCUCAAGGCCAACAAGAGGAACAUCAAGGACGCCGUCAAGAAGCUCUACGAUGUUGAGGCCGCCAAGGUCAACACCCUUAUCCGACCCGACGGUAAGAAGAAGGCCUACGUCCGUUUGACCGCCGACUUCGACGCUCUUGAGGUUGCCAACAAGAUCGGUUUCAUCUAA